AUGGAUGAAAUUCGCCAUUUCUCGUGUCCCAAUCUCGUCUCUUACGAAGCUCGACCACUUCAGAAAGAGGCUUCUAUGAGCCUCGUGGAACUGAGGCGAAACAGCCUGCCACAAGUGGGGACAGGACUAUCAACGGAGCCCGUUUUCCGCAAAUCAUCACAUCCAGCGCAAUUUCUACACAAUAACAACAACGCUUGUUAUGAGAAUGAGCCACCGCCACGCAAAGCCAGCAAGGACGAUCUCGCUGUACCAAGUGAACGAUUGCAACCACGUACUUGUACACCACAGAUCUUCCAUCGUUUAUUGGCACAAAGUGAAGAUAUGAAUAAUCUUGUACAUUCGAUCACACAAGAAGCUAAAAGCUUGUUAAAUGCUGAAACAUGUUCUCUAUUUCUCAUCGAUUCUGAAAGGAAGGAAUUAGUGGCUGAGAUAUUUGACCAGAGUGACAACUUGACAGAGGUCCGAUUGCCAAUGGAUAAAGGAAUUGUUGGCCGAGUUGCUAGCACGGGUGUUGCGAUGAAUGUGAAAAACGUUGCAAGGUGUCCAUUCUUCUAUCGAACUGUCGAUGAAAUGACAGGUUUUCACACGAGAAAUGUUUUGUGCGUUCCGAUUCGCGACAACUCAGGGGCUUUCGUGGGAGUAGCGGAGCUAUGUAAUAAGAUCGGCAAAUCCAACUUUUUCACACGACAAGACGAGGCGAUUGCCAGAACAUUUGCCGUCUACGCCGCCACGAGCAUUAGCCAUUGCUUACUCUACCGAAAAGUGCAAGAGGCGCAACGAAGAUCUCAUAUGGCUGCUGAACUUCUCGUUCAAGGAUCUCAAUUACUAGUUUCAUCCGAAGAAGUCAAGCACCUAACCGAACAAUCAAUUCUCCCGGCGCUUUCAUUUCAUCCGAAGUUCGACCAAUUUUAUUUCACCCCUCGAAUCAUUGGUGACUCGGAGACGUAUGUGAGGGCUUCGCAAUCAAUGUUUCAGGAAUUGGGUUUCAUUCAAAGAUACAAUAUUCGGCGGGAUCGAUUGGCUCAUUUUUUGUUGAGAAUCAGCCGUGGAUAUCGAGAUGUGCCCUACCAUAAUUGGAGUCACGCCUUUUCGGUUGCCCAUUUUUGCUACCUGCUGCUACGAACAAGCUCGGUAGUGAACUCUCUUUCGGAACUGGAACAAUUGGCCCUGCUUAUUGCUUGCUUAUGUCACGAUAUCGAUCAUCGUGGAACCAACAACACGUUUCAAAUCAAAUCCCGCACGCCUCUUGCACAAUUGUACAGCAGUGAGGGAUCGGUCUUGGAACGUCAUCAUUAUGCACAAACUGUUUCAAUUCUUGGCAUGGACGACUGUAACAUUCUCGAUCAACUUUCGAAAGAGCAGUAUCAGCGGGUCUUAUCACAUAUUCGGGAUAUCAUUUUGGCGACAGAUAUUGCGGCUCAUUUGAAUAAAGUGGACAGGAUUAGACGAAUGAUUGAUAAUGGCUUUAAUGUGAGCAAACAAGAGGAUCACUACCUAUUAUUAUGCCUCUUGAUGACGGCUUCUGACCUUUCCGACCAAAGCAAGGAAUUCCAUUACAGCAAACAAAUAGCGGAGUCUGUCUAUUGUGAGUUCUUCUCGCAAGGAGAUCUGGAGAAGCAAAUGGGUGAGCCUCCAGUGGAAAUGAUGGAUCGAGAUCGAGCAUUUGUUCCCCAGCUUCAAAUCGAUUUUCUUGACAACGUCGCCAUGCCCGUUUAUCAAAUGCUAUCGUACGCCGUGCCUGAAACUGUGGACACGUAUACGGGCAUUCAAGCUACACGAAAACAUUGGGGAUCGCUUCACGAAGUCCUUCGUGAACGAAAUGAGCCAGUUCUCGGGUUGGAAUUUCUACGUGAUGGAGGUCUUGAAAGAGAGGUUGUGCGACGAGUGACAGGCAAAGAUCCCGGGCCAUUGCUCGAAGACAGUGAACCAAAUAGCUCUCGGGGACGACGGUCUGCUCCAACAUCAGCCCGAACCACCCGUCGAAGC